AUGGCAUCUCGAAGGCUCGCGCUGAGCCUGAACCAAGGCCUCCGCGCGCAGCGUGCCAUCAACGCCGUCAAGCCCAGCAUCACCCGCCGUGCCCUGGCGACUCCUGUUAGCCAUGCGGCCACCACCGAGAGCACAACCCUGAGCAAUGGCUUCACCGUGCGCACCCAUUGGCCCUCAAUCGAGACGGUAGAAACUGGAAAAGCUGAUAGAGAUGGUGUAGAUUGCGACACAACACUCGCCGUACGCGCAAACCAGCACUGUCGGUGUCUGGAUCGAUGCCGGCUCGCGCGCCGAGACCGACAAGACUAAUGGAACCGCACAUUUCCUGGAGCAUCUCGCAUUCAAGGGCACCCAACGCCGCAGCCAGCAGCAACUCGAGCUCGAGAUCGAGAACAUGGGGGGCCACCUCAACGCAUACACCUCCCGCGAGAACACCGUCUACUACGCCAAGAGCUUCAACUCUGAUGUCCCAGCCUCCGUCGACAUCCUCUCCGACAUCCUACAACACAGCAAAUUGGAGACUUCCGCCAUCGAGCGUGAGCGAGAUGUCAUUCUUCGAGAACAGGAAGAGGUGGACAAGCAGAUGGAGGAGGUUGUUUUCGACCACUUGCACGCCACUGCCUUCCAGAACCAGGCCCUGGGCCGCACUAUCUUGGGACCCAAAGAGAACAUCCAAAGCAUCUCGCGCGACGACCUGACCAACUAUAUCAAGACCAACUACACCGCAGACCGCAUGGUCUUGGUUGGUGCCGGCGGUGUCCCUCACGACCAGCUGGUCCAGCUAGCGGAGAAGCACUUCGGCAGCCUCCCUGCCUACAACCCGAAUGCUCAGAACAACGCUCAAGUCCGUGGCCUCGCUACCAAGCCAGACUUUGUUGGAUCCGAGGUCCGGAUACGAGACGAUACUAUGCCAACCGCCAACAUCGCCAUCGCCGUUGAGGGUGUCAGCUGGAAGGACGAUGACUACUUCACUGCGCUUGUAACACAAGCCAUUGUUGGUAACUGGGACCGCUCCAUGGGUAACUCACCAUACCUUGGCUCCAAGCUGUCUACCUUUAUCCACGACAACAAGCUCGCCAACUCUUUCAUGUCCUUCUCGACAUCAUACUCCGACACCGGUCUCUGGGGCAUUUACUUGGUCACCGACGCCAUCACCCGCAUUGACGAUUUGGUCCACUUCACCCUGCGUGAAUGGUCGCGCCUGUCAUUCAAUGUGUCUGAGGCUGAGACAGAGCGCGCCAAGCAGCAGCUCAAGGCCAGCAUCCUCCUCUCCCUCGAUGGCACCACCGCAGUGGCCGAGGACAUUGGCAGACAGAUCAUCACCACCGGCCGUCACCACUCUCCCGAGGAAGUCGAGCGCAUUGUCGGCAGCAUCACAGCGAACGAUGUCAUGAGGUUCGCACAGAGCAAGCUGUGGGACAGAGACAUUGCCAUCUCGGCUGUUGGACAGAUCGAAGGUCUGCUCGACUAUGCCAGAAUCCGGUCAGACAUGAGCAGGAAUCUGUCAUAA